GCACUAGCUUAAUUAUUGGGCGCUUAAUUGUAUUUCGCAAUGUUACCCGUGACACUCCUCAAGGCUGCAACGAAUCUUCCUAUGCUUGUUGAGUUAAAAAGUGGUGAAACUUAUAACGGUCACCUUGUUGCUUGCGAUGACUGGAUGAACAUUCAUCUUAAAGAAGUUAUUUGUACAUCUCGAGAUGGGGAUCGCUUCUGGAAAAUGCCAGAGUGUUAUAUUCGUGGAAGCAUAAUAAAAUAUUUACGGAUUCCGGACGACGUAAUCGAUAAGGUUAAAGAGGACUUGCAGCUAGCCAAAAUGCGUAAUCGCUCUCAGUCUGCAGACACUGGGCGUGGGAGUUUUCAUAGAAAUAAGGCUAGAGGUCGGGGUGGUAAUGCUCCUAAUACUCGAGGUCGUGGAGGAGCAGGGCGUGGCGGGAGUGUACCUGGGGGUCCUGGUCGUGGUGGAGGAUUUCGUGGUAAAUAAGAAAGUCACUAAUUAUGAAUCUAAAUGUACUGUUUACUAUUCUAUGAAUAUUGACAAACUCACUUAUUUUCUUUCACAGUGUUAUAUAAAACAGAUAAUUUUAACUAAAAAAACAUUACUUUCCAAGUGAA